AUGAUAUUGGAUGCCCUGUCAUCGAUUGGAAGAUUGGACCUUGUUCAAUAUCUUCAUGACAAUGGUGCCCCGGCAACAAAGAACGCGAUGGAUCAUGCUGGCUCGCUGGACGUGUUCCUCUUCCUCCAACAACAUCGUACUGAGGGUCACUCACCACGAGCACUUGAGAAUGCGGCGCGCAAUGGUUGCUUGCCACUUGUGGAGUAUCUCUACAACACUGCCAUCGACAAGUUGGAUCAUGAUGAUGUACUUGGUAUCGCGGCCAUAUCAGGACACCUGGAUGUGGUGCGAUUCCUUCACGAACACAACUUUGGCAUUGAUGGAGAAUAUUCGACCGUGAUCAUGGACAAGGUGGCAUGUAACGGUCAUUUAGAGGUGCUCAAGUAUUUACAUUUCAACAGAAGAGAGCAUUGCACCACUGAUGCAAUGGACAAGGCUGCAAAGAAUGGCCACUACGACGUCGUUAGAUUCCUCCAUGAGAACAGGACUGAGGGAGCUACGUAUCAAGCCACAUCACAAGCAGCAAGAGGUGGCCACCUUCCAAUCAUUCAAUUCUUUCAUGAACAGCAUCGCACUGAGCCAUGGGACAUAAAUAUAAUGUCGGGCGCAGUUACUGAAGGACAUUUGGACACAGUGAAGUACCUCCAUAUCACCCGAUCCGAAGAGUGCACAGAGUAUUCGGUCGGAUUGGCGGCAGCCAAUGGCCAUCUUGACAUGAUUCGAUACUUCCAUGAGAUUCAACCCAACUCAUUCUCAAAUCGUGCGAUGAACUAUGCAUCUCGAAGUGGGCAUCUGGACAUUGUCAAGUUCCUCCACGAGCACCGGACUGAGGGCUGCACAGUGGUCCGGUUCCUUCAUAACAAAAGAACCGAGGGCUGCACGACUGAGGCCAUGGACAAUGCUGCAUCGAAUGGUAAUAUGGACGUUGUUCAAUUCCUUCAUUACAAUAGAACAGAGGGCUGCUCGAUUAAGGCCAUGGACACUGCUGCCUCGAGUGGCAAUUUGGAAAUUGUUCGAUUCCUUUAUGAAAACCAACACAAAGGAUGUAGUUUGGAAGCUGAGAGCAAUGCAGCCAAGAAUGGUCACACAGAGACAGUGGAGUAUCUGUUGGACAAUCGAACAGAGCUAAGUCCCAUUGAUGCAAUGAAUAUGGCGUCCGAGAAUGGACUUUUGGAAAGAGUCUACUGGCUGCGCGCCAGAGAUUCUAGAAAGGCAAUCAGCAGCGUAGUUGCGGCUGGAAUCACUAUAAUACUUUCCAUAUUGGCCACACUAUUAUGGGCCAAUGGAAUGGAAUGA